GUCCACGGGAAAUGCAUGUGCAAGCACAACACAGCAGGAGCCCACUGCCAGCACUGUGCUCCGCUCUACAAUGACCAGCCUUGGCAGGCUGCAGACGGCAAAACCGGAGCCCCCAAAGAGUGUCAGUCGUGCAAGUGCAAUGGGCAUGCGGACACUUGUCAUUUUGACAUGGAUGCGUGGCUGGCGUCGGGCAACCGCAGUGGUGGCGUCUGCGACAACUGCCAGCACAACACGGAAGGGCAGCACUGCCAGCGCUGCAAGGCGGGCUUCUACCGGGACCUCCGGAGGCCCUUCUCUGCCCCAGACGCCUGCAAACCCUGCGCCUGCCACCCGCUGGGCUCGGCCUCGCUGCCGCUGGCACCCGGCGCCUUCUGCGACCCCAGCACCGGCGACUGCCCCUGCAAGGCCGGCGUGGCGGGGCCGCGCUGCGACCGCUGCCUCCCGGGCUACUGGGGCCUGGGGCCGCACGGCUGCCGGCCCUGCCACUGCGCCCGCCGCUGCGACCCGCUCACCGGCGACUGCCUCAGCGGCAGCGCGGACGUAGAGUGGCAUCACGAAGUGCCUCCUUUCCAGGCGGUGCUCAACGACAGCGGGCCGGCCUGGGGCUGGGAGGACGAGCAAGGCUUUUCUGCGCUGCGGCACUCUGGUAAAUGCGAAUGUAAAGAACAAGUUUUAGGGAAUCCCAAGGCUUUCUGUGGAAUGAAGUACACCUAUGUGAUAAAGACAAAAAUCUUAUCUGCUCACGAUAAAGGCUCCCAUGCAGAAGUCAAUGUGAAGAUCAAGAAGGUCUUGAAAUCUACAAAGCUGAAGAUUCUCCGGGGCAAGAGGACUCUCUAUCCUGAAUCCUGGACUAACAGAGGCUGCACUUGUCCAAUCCUUAAUCCUGGCCUGGAGUACCUGGUAGCGGGACACGAGGAUGUGCGGACCGGCAGACUCGUGGUCAACAUGAAGAGCUUUGUCCAGCAGUGGAAGUCGGCCCUGGGAAGGAAGGUCCUGGAGAUUCUGAAACGAGACUGCAACUAGGAGUGCACGGCCGCCUGCGGCCUUUCUUUAUGCACAAAAUGCAACCUUCGCGGAGAGAAGACCUCUAGGAUGAAAACUGGAAUGUAAAGAAUAGUGCCAAGAUGUGUAGCGAGGUGUUCCGGUUUGUAGGCACUGCCUGAUUUAGCCCUUCCCAGUUGAUGCUCAUUUCCUCUCCUCAGCUUCUUUGCCAGGGUGCUCGCGUGAGCCCGUGGCCACAGUUACGUUGAGGGAAAUCCAGGCAAGGGUGGGUUCUUGUCCCACUGCAGUGCAAUCCUGGAAUAACUCCUGCAAAGCCACCCCGGAAUCAGUCGUUGCCCUGGAGAGGCAAAGGAAGCUCCACUGUGACCGGGAUAAAUCCAGAGUGGGGUGAUGCCCCCGGAUUUCUUCCCGUGCGCUGUGGGGAAGGGAGGGCCGUGGGCGGCCACGCGCCGGGGCUGCGCCCAGGGUGCCGCAGCAGCAGGAGGGCAGGGGUCCCUCUGCCUCGGCACGGGCCUGCUGAGAGGCAGGUCCCAUCCACGGUGCCGCUGGAGCAGCCGCUCCGGCCAGCGGAGCGUCCCUGAGCUUUGGUCCAUGAAGGGUUAGGAGUAUGAGCCUGUCCCAAUGUAAAUAUGUCAUUGUGUAAAGCACUUUACUACCCGCCACUUUGUGGCGUGGAAAGUCUAACUGUGUGGGGGGAAGAAGCUGUUGAAAGUGGCACAAGAGAAAAUACUUGUGGAAACAGAAGCACUCCUGAAAGGCGCGUUGUGGACGGCGUUAAUGGUAUAAAGGGAACGGCCGGCCUGGCUCUGGCCGCUCAGAGGAGCUGAGGAUGCAAUGUGAAAGAUGAUGUAUUUGCACUGAAGUCCCAGUUUCAGACCAGCACUUGGACCCUAUGGGUAGGACUCCAGCGAGACUUCAUAAACAGUAUCAAACGAAGAAGAGACUUGGAAAUAAAAAAAUGCAAUCACCACAGGAGAAAACCGCCUGCUGGAAAAGCAAUGGAUUCUGAGGACCGAAAGGACUCUCAUUUACAUAUCACAAGACAGUGAUUCAUGGUGGGCCUGGAGUUUAUUUUAUUUUUAUGUUAGUAUUUAAAACUGAACAUUUGAUCUGUUUUAUUCCGUGUUUUUGUUUGCAAUAUCUAUGGUCAUUAUACUUCCUCAUUAACACCAGUACAGAAUAUAGCACAGUUUACUGCAGUUUUCAGCACUAAAGUAUAUCUUUCUGUAAAGCAUCUUUAAACACAUUGCAUAGAGUGUAUUUUGUUCAUGAGUGUGAGAGGAGAGAAAAGGAAGAUGUGCAACACCAUAAAAGCCCAAGUCUACCAAUCCACUUAUGUAUUUUUCUUUCAA